AUGGCGCUCCCUCCCAAGUGGUACCAGUUCCUUGUGAGCGUCUUCGCCUCACUCGGCUCUUUCAACUACGGUUAUGAUUUGGGUGUCAUUGCCUCUGCCAUUGCUUCGGCCUCUUUCAAGACCAAGUUCGGCGAAGACCCUAAUGAGAUCGGCGCUGUCGUCUCCGUCUUCACCGGAGGUGGCUUCAUCGGUGCCGGUGUUGCAGGUCCCACCGGUGACAAGCUCGGCCGUAAGAAGACCAUUCUCAUUGGUGCCGCCAUCUUUGUUCUCGGCGGUGCUCUUCAGGCUGCUGCCCAGUCUCUCGCCUUCCUCUACGCUGGCCGUGCCCUCGCUGGUAUCGGUGUCGGUAUGUUGACGAUGAUUAUCCCCAUGUACCAGGCCGAACUCUGCCAUCCCAGUAUUCGAGGACGAGUCACUGCUCUGCAACAAUUCAUGCUCGGUGUUGGUGCUCUGGCUGCUGCUUGGAUCUCAUACGGAACGUACAUCGGAUUCGCCGAGAACGACAACAACCAGUGGCGUGUCAGUCUGGGUAUCCAGUGCAUUCCCGGUGGAAUUCUGGCUCUACUUAUUCUCUUCUUCCCCGAGUCUCCUCGUUGGCUCAUCGAUCACGGCCGCCUCGACGAGGGUCUCGCGACCUUGGCCAAGCUCCAUGCCCACGGCGACGUCAACGAUGCCUGGGUCCGCGCCGAGUUCGACCAGAUCCAGGACUCCAUCGCCGCCGAGCACGAGGGUUCCGCAAAGUCUUAUAAGGAGCUCUUCACCGACAAGUCUUGCUUCCGUCGCCUCUUCCUCGCUUGCGCUCUCCAGGGCUCCAUUCAGAUGACCGGUGUCAGUGCCAUCCAGUACUACUCCGUUGCCAUUUAUGAGAAGAUUGGCAUCGCCGGCGACGAGACCCUCCGCUACCAGGCCAUCUCCUCCGUCAUUGCCCUCGUCGCUCAGUUCUCCUGCAUGAUGCUCAUCGACAAGACUGGUCGUCGCUGGCCUUUGAUCUUCGGUAACCUCGGCAACUGCGUGACCUUCAUCAUUGCCACCAUCCUUCUGGCCAAGUUUCCUCCCGGCUCUCCUCAUGCCAGCGGAGCCACCGCCUGGGGCUUUAUUGCCAUGACAUGGCUCUACAACUUCAGCUUCAGCGCUACCUGUGGUCCUCUAUCGUGGAUUAUCCCGGCCGAGAUCUUCGACAUGAAGACCCGUUCCAAGGGUGUCUCCAUCGCUACCAUGACCUCGUACGCCUUCAACACCCUCAUCGGCCAGACCACCUCUGUGGCUCUUGAUGACGAACACGGUAUUGGCUGGCGCUGGUACAUCCUCUUCAUUGUAUGCAACUUUACCAACGCCCUAUUCUUCUGGGCAUUCCUCCCCGAGACUGCCAAGCGUCCUCUGGAAGAGAUGAGAUAUCUUUUCACCGAGGCUCCUCUCUUCAUUCCGACCUUGGAUAUGAAGACUGUCGAGUCCCACGACCUGGAGCGCAGGGUAAAGGCGGUCGAGCAGAAGCGCGAGGAGCAUGGAAGCGAGCACAUUUGA